AUUAACUGGAUGUAAAUACUUGACAGGGUGGAAAUAAAACACUGUGAAAAACAUAAUGGACAGGGAAAAGGGCCGAAAAUCUGAUCAGAAACAUCCAAACGAACCGGAAGUAACAGCGGUUUCGAGAUCUGGACGAAUCAUAAAGAAGUCUUCCAAAUUGCUUGAUUUUGAAUCGUCGGACUCACAAGAAAAAGAAAAAACGCCCAAGUCGUCGAAACAAAGUUCAAAAAGACAAUCGUCCAACCACGAGCCACUUGAUCAAUUUAAUGAAGACGAUAACAGUAUGGAAUUUUUAGAAGAUCAACAACACACCGAAAGCGGUGAAUGGACAGUAGACACCAAAGAUUGUGAUGACACUGAACCCAGCGGUACUUCUGUAUCAGUAGGAGAACACAAUCAAUUUAUGUAUGCUCUCAAAAAUUUAAACAUGAAAGAGCCAGGGUUUGUGGCAUAUGCAUUGUGGGCUAAAGAAGUGCGCAAGACUUUGAUGAAUGCUUAUCCAAACUUUAGUGCAUCACAAAUUAACCAACAGCUCAGAGACAUGUGGAAAUCUGUACCGACUGAAGAUAAAAGUCGAUGGGUACGCAAGGCCAAGAGAUUAUUAGAACGUGAAGGAUUGGAUGAUAAUAGUACAAAUGAUUCAAAAAUAACAGUUUUAAAACCAACCUCAGAAAUUAUUGAUAAUUCAAUAGAUGCUAGCAAUAAAAAUAAACCUAAAAUAGAGCCGCUAAGAUCGACRCAGCCUAUUGAUGUAGCAGCUCAUUUGGCUUUACUAGGUGAAUCAUUGGGUAUAAUUGGUCAAAGACUGAAAGAACAUCAGGGCCAGAUAGCUGUAAAUGGAAGUGUAUCGGUUCUUCUAGAUUCUCUGUUAUGUGCCUUGGGACCUCUACUUUGUCUUACUCAACAAGUUACAGAAAUUAAUGUGAACUCCCAAGAAACAAUGUCGAGGCUAAUGGACGAUAUCGCUUAUAUAAUGCCAGGAUUGUAAAAAAAAUUAAAGUGGUUGUUGGAUUUUCCUGUAUGUUCAUAAUUUUUACUAGUGAUGGGCAUAAUCGAGAUAUCUCGAUUAUUAAAAUAAUAUCGAUCAUAUAAUCGAGAUAUUUUGAAUUUURAUUAUAUAAUAAUCGAAUGAUCUUUUUUCGAUGAUAUCUCGUUUAUUUUGAAAACAAUGAUUACUAAUUAUUUUAUAAUUAUAAGUAGAUACUUAUUAAUUUAAUGUUUAUAGUUAUACACGUACAGUGGCGUGACGGACCAUAUUUGAGACACAUGCCUCAGUUUUAGAGGUGGUGGGUGUCCUCAUAGAUCAUCUGAUGUGUUAAAAAAUCAUUACUAUUUAAAUGAAUAAAUAUAUUUUAUCUUAAGACAUUUUUUUAAUGUUUUUUGUGAURGGUGGAGUGGGUGGUUGGUCUAUGGGUCUGACAAUAUAACUGUGCCUCAUAACUUAAUGAAGUUCACCACGCCACUGUACACAUAUAAUAAUGUAUAAAAUAUUACGAGUUGUAAUUAAUUGUAUUAAWCUAUUUACCGUUUUUAAUGUUU